AUGACCUGUAGGCCAUCAGACUUUAUGUGCCGCAACAGACAAUGCAUACCCAGUGGAUGGCUGUGUGAUGGUAAUGUGAACUGUAGAGAUGGAUCUGAUGAAAGUCCUGAAAUCUGUCAUGUGAAAAAGUUUCAUAUCCAUGAAAUCAGCUGUGGCCCUGAAUCAUCUCAAUGCAUUCCUGCCUCUUGGAGGUGUGAUGGUGAAAAGGACUGUGAUAAUGGUGGUGGAGAACUCAUCUGUGGUGCUUUUACUUGUGACCUAACAGAAUUUACCUGCUCCAAUGGUAGAUGCAUUUCUAUGGUAUUUGUCUGCAAUAAUGAGAGUGACUGUAGUGAUGGAAGUGAUGAAAAAGGCUGUGCACCAGCUUCCUGUGGCCCACAUGAGUUUCAGUGCAAUAAUUCUGAAUGUAUCCCCUUGAAUUGGGUGUGUGACAGAAAUGCUGAUUGUGCUGACCAAUCUGAUGAAUUCCCAGGCCGUUGUGGGCACAUUCAUCCUCUGACCUGUUCUCCAAAUGCUGUUCAGUGUGACUCUGGUGAAUGUAUCCAUAGUCACUGGUACUGUGAUGGAGAUAUGGACUGCAGAGAUGGAAGUGAUGAAGUCAAUUGCUCUCAUCACACAUGUAGACCAGAUCACUUCCAAUGUGGGGAUGGUGUCUGUAUCCAUAAUGACAGAAAAUGUAAUGGACUGAAUGACUGUCUUGAUGCCAGUGAUGAAUCAGGCUGUAUGAAUGUAGAGUGCAUGGGACCCACUGACUUUAAAUGUGGCAGUGGAGAAUGUAUUGAUAUGAUAAAAGUCUGUGACCAGCAUCAAGACUGCAGGGACUGGAGUGACGAACCAUCCAAGGAAUGUAAUGUGAAUGAGUGCUUAAACGACAAUGGUGGCUGUUCUAAUAUCUGUAACGAUCUGAUCAUUGGCUAUGAAUGUGAUUGCCCUGCUGGUUUUAAGUUAAUUGAUAAAACUUGUGAUGAUAUUGAUGAAUGCAAAAUUGCUGGAACCUGCAGUCAAACUUGCAUCAAUUUGGAAGGAAGCUAUAUGUGUGAAUGUCACAUUGGAUAUAACAUAGAUCCAGCUAGUGGAGUUUGCAAGGCUGUAGGAGAGGAGCCAUACUUGAUCUUCACUAAUCGCCAUGAUAUCAGGAAACUGGGAUUGCAUCACAAAGAGUAUAGUCAGGUAGUUGCACAACUGAGAAAUGCUGUGGCGCUGGAUACUGAUGUGGCAGAGCAGAUAAUCUUCUGGGCUGACUUGGGACAGCGGGCUAUUUUUAGCAUGCAGAUGGAUAAACACAAAGGCAGCGCUGGUAUUUCCAAGCUUGUUAACAAUGUACGAAUUCAUGUGGGAAUUGCUGUUGACUGGAUCUACAAUAACAUUUACUGGACUGAUAUGGGUGCUAGGACCAUAUCUGUUGCAAGCUUUGAUGGAAUCAGAAGGAAAACGCUCUUUGAAAGCAACUUGAGGGAACCAGCUUCUGUAGCAGUUGAUCCACUAUUGGGGUAUAUUUAUUGGUCAGACUGGGGUGAGCCUGCAGUAAUUGAAAAAGCAGGAAUGAAUGGUGUUGAUCGCAAGCUCCUAGUUACCAGAGACAUUGAAUGGCCAAAUGCCAUUGCACUUGAUCUUGUGAAAAACCAUCUAUAUUGGGUUGACUCUAAGCUGCAUACACUAUCAAGUGUGGAUAUGACUGGACAGGAUAGAAGAACUGUACUUUCCUCUCAUGAAUUUCUUGCACAUCCUUUUGGUGUAUCAAUAUUUGAGGAUCAUGUCUUCUGGACUGACUGGAAGUAUAACACAAUCUAUGGAGCUAAUAAAUACACAGGAAGUGAUCUGAUGGUGUUAAUCUCCAACCUUAAGGAAGCUCAGGACAUCAUUGUCUAUCAUGAGCUUGUACAGCCAACAGGCAAAGAUUGGUGCAAUGAGAAUCUGAAGAAUGGAGGAUGUAAAUACAUGUGUCUUCCAGCUCCUCAGAUCAACAGUUACUCUCCAAAAUACACCUGUGUGUGUCCAUCUGGAAUGGAGUUGCAAAAGGAUGGACAGCACUGUAGAACAGGUAUGAGAAUGAAGUACAAAAGCAAAGUACUACAGAUGCUGGAAAUGAAAUAG